AUGAAAAUAUCCUUCCGUGAUAAGCUGAUGAAUGAUGGCUAUCAGCAUCUCAACCAUCAACGUGAGGAGGAUAGCAGCGGAGGGUCUACUCGUACUGGCAGGGACCAGUGCCGGUAUGGCUGUGGACGCCCAUGUGCUGAGGGGUUCACUGCGAGUUUGGAACGGUAUGACGUUUGCUGCUGGGAUUGUGCGGCAGCUGAUGAACCUCUGGGCAUCGAGACGAUCCCGGAGGAGGGUGGAAUGAACGAGAGACAAUUGCGGAGACUUGUCCAUCGAGCAUUUCACGUCCUUCGUAACGACUCUGCUGGUGGCGUCCGCAAGAUAUAUAACUUCCUCGAAACGGUUGGUCGAGGAAGCUUCGGUGUGGUUCACAAAGUCGUACAUAAGGAGAGUGAUCAACUCCGAGUGUGCAAAAGUGUGGAUAAGGCGAAAUCAUCCGUACCUUUGGCCCAGCUCGAGGAGGAGAUCAAGAUCAUAUCACAGCUAGAUCAUCCAAACGUCAUCAAAAUAUACGAGUACUUUGAGGAUCCUAAAUAUAUUCACCUCAUUAUGGAGGCUUGUUGGGGCGGUGAGCUCCUCUCGGUCAUCCAAACGGCAGUUAACAAGGGGGUGUCUCUCCCGGACAGCUUCAUCGCCGAUGUUACUAGGGAAGUACUCACGGCUCUAUCAUUCAUGCACAAUCAGGGGGUGGUUCAUAAGGAUCUCAAGCCUGAGAAUAUCCUCUUUGUGGAUGUAUCUGAGCCCAGUAACGUGAAAGUUAUCGACUUCGGCUUGGCAGAACUAUUCGGCGUGAACGUUGAGAAAAGCAUGAAUGUCGCAGGGACUGCCUUCUACAUGGCACCUGAGAUCUUCCGUCCACCCUUCGACUACAAAUGUGAUAUCUGGAGCCUCGGUGUGAUACUCUACCUCCUCCUUACCGGUUACUUGCCCUUCUUCGGCACUAGUGUCAGCGAUGUGAAGUCGAAUGUGAUUAAGGAUACAGUAGAGGUGCAGUAG